GGAGGACUGCUGCAAGACCGCGCUUAAGACGCGAUAUGGGCAUUUCGAAUGUCUGGUUAUGCCCCGACCACUUUCCAAGCGGCUAUGACAACGGAGUUCCGACACAUGCUGGAUCGAUACGUACUUAUCUACCUCGACGACAUCCUGGUGUACAGCCGGAGUUUGGACGAGCAUGUGGAACACCUGCGCACCAUUUUGGAGCGGCUACGACAAGCCAAGUACAAAGCCAACCGCGACAAGUGCGAAUUCGCGCGGCAGGAGCUGGAGUACUUGCGACAUUAUGUGACACCGCAAGGCAUCCGUCCGCUUGCGGACAAGAUCGAGGCCCUACGAGUAUGGCCCGAGCCCACCAACACCACGAACGUUCGUUCAUUCAUGGGAUUGGCGGGCUACUAUCAGCGAUUCAUCACCGGAUACUCGAGGAUUGGUGCACCUAUGACAAGAUUACAAUCGUCAAAGGUGCCAUUCGUAUUCGAUGACGACGCACGUCGGUCAUUCCAAGCACCUAAGACGGCUAUGCUCAUGGCACCCGUCCUUGGCAUCUAUGACCACACCCUGCCCACGCGAGUGACUACGGACACUUUCGGCUAUGGCAUUGGGGCAAUCUUGGAACAGCACGAUGGCGACGACUGGCACCUUGUGGAGUGUUUCAGCCACAAAGUGCCUCCCAUCAACUCGCUUGAUGAUGCAAGGAGGGAGCGGCUCGCGUUCGUGAUGCCUCUCAAGUGCUGGCGGCACUUCCUCCUUGGGCAUCGUAGGUUCACAUGGGUCACAGACAACAAUCCAUUGACCUACUACAAGACGCAGGACACGGUGAGCAGCACGAUCGGACGAUGGAUGUACUUCAUCGACCAAUUUGACUUCACACCGAAACAUCCUCCCGGCCUCUCCAAUCGCGCAACAGAUGCACUCUCGCAAAGACCUGAUCUUUGCACUAUGACACAUCAUGCCUUCUCAUUCGACGAGGAGCUCCAGCAACACUUCAUCAGGGGCUAUGAGUCCGAUCCCGACUUCGCCACGCUAUAUGCGCAGCUAUCUUCGGAUCACCCGCCGACCAGCCACUAUCGCAUCGCCGAUGGGUACUUGCUCCUUCACUCGCGGGGCAAGUACUUACUAUGUGUCCCACACGACCGCCGUCUUCGGACUCUCCUCCUCGGCGAGUAUCAUGAUUCGCGACUCGUCGGCCAUUUCGGAGUCAACCGCACUAUUGCACGGCUUCGACAGCGAUUCCAAUCGCCCGACCUUAUCACCGACGUCACGAGGUAUUGCGACACUUGCGAAGUUUGCGGACGAAGCAAACCCCGCAACUGCAACCCCUACGGCGAGCUGCGCCCGAUGCCGAUCCCGCAGGAACCCGGUCUCUCCAUUGCCAUGGAUGUCACCGAAUCACUCCCUCGCGACCGCCUCGGACACGACGACAUCCACACGGUCGUGGAUCGAUUGAACAUUGUCAGCGACCGCGACACUCGCUUCAUGUCGGCAUUUUGGACUGCACUCAUGCAGGAGUCCGGCACAACAAUGAAACCAAGUUCGGCUCGACAUGCUCAGACAGACGGGCAGACGGAGUGGGCACAUCAGACCGCUCAAAUGAUGCUUCGUACGCUCAUCCGUCCGGACCAGAAAGAUUGGGUUGACCGCCUCCCCGACAUCGAGUUGGCCUACAACACUUCGGUGCACCCGACGAUAGGCGUGACUCCAUUCGAGUUGCACCACGGUGGACGGAAAGGCUGUAUCUUCGCCGACCUUCUCCUCCCACGACCAGCUGACAUGGAUGCCGCUUGCUCUCCCGCUUCCGUCCGGAAGUCCAAGGAAUUGCUGGCUCAAGCCCGUGCGAAUAUGCAAAGGGCUCAAGUCGGCAUGCAGCAGCAAGCCAACAGGCAUCGUGUGCCAUGUCCCAUCCGCGCCGGCGACCUGGUCUGGGUUUCCGCGGAAGAGUUUGCACUGGAACACGAUGUCUCACACAAACUGCUUCCCAAGUGGUUUGGACCAUGGCCCGUAACAUCAGCCGCGGGCGAUGAGCCCGAUGGCCCUUCAUUUGUGAUCAACAUCCCCCCGCAUCUGACGGUCCAUCCAGUCUUUCACGCCUCAAAGCUGGCAACAUACACGCCAGCUAAGAGCGAUGACUUUCCGGGCCAACGAUCGCAAGACCCUCCUUCUAUGGAUGGUCAUCAGGAAGUUGACCGCGUCAUCACCGAUUGCAAGCACGGCAGCAAGCCGCGACAGUACAAGUUUACAUUCAAAGCCUGCGAUCGCGACGACACUGUGGAUUUCAGGAGCAGAUCUGAAAGCAUCCGCACCACUGAUCUACGCGCAUUACGAGAAGCAAAGGUUUUCAUUUUGAGAUGUGAGGGCCGAUGUCCGCGGGGAAUUCCUUCACAUGGUGCAUCUUUCCAAGGCAGACCUAUGUCCGUAGAGGUGAGCACAGCCAACAAGCAGUCGACAAGAUUUACUGUGGAAGUUCAUGCGAACGAGUACUUGUUACAGCUUCGUGCUAAGGUUGCGAAGAGGCUGGAGUGUGCUGUUGGCCGUGUACGUCUCGUUCAUCAAGGCCGUGAGCUCGUCCAUGAUGCUCAGGUUAUAAGGCAGUGUGGAAUCUCACAGGGGCACACUAUAUCAGCCUCGGUGAACAUUGUGGAUCGAAGCGUAGAGCCCAUGGACGAAGAGGAGUUGCCUGGUGUCUUAAUUUCGAAGAGGAAGGAGGACACCGGGGCACUGCCACGGCGCAGUGCGAGGAUCGCAGUUCGUGCCCGCCCUGCGGUACCUCCAAGACCGAAGAGAUUCAGCAGACGGACGACUCCAGCGGCAUCAAGUAGGGCAUUGACAGUACAAGACACCAUCGAAGAUCUUCCCGCAUGCCCGGUCCGAGAGGCCAGCGAGCCUUUGGCUGACUAUCGUGGGCGGCUACAGGCAUUUGCAGACGCCGUAGCCGCCGCCGAGGCUCAGCAGGCUGCGGCAGAGGCAGAAUGUCAGCGGCUGGCCAAUGAGGCGGCAGCCGAAGCUCAGCGGACAGCUGAGACUGACGAAGUGGCACGAAACAGACGGAAUGCCGCCAGCACAGAGUCCCUGAUUGCUAGUGAGCAUCAGUGGACAACGAUCCUCCAAGGCAUGAUCUUUGUGCCUACGGAAACGCAGGCGGAGCCGACACAGGCGGAGGCAGAGAGAAGUAACCUGGCUACCGUGAUGUUGAACGUAAUGAGGGGAGUAAUGUGGAACAACAAACUACUGCAGGCACACCUGCACGCGGAACGACAACAAAGAAAGCAGUACCAGCAAGACCUGGCCGCUGUAACGGCCGGCGUCCGCGACGCAGCAAUGCAGCAGCAGCAACAGCAACAGYUGAUGAACUCUACCAUSGCACGCAUCAACGGCAUKGAGGCCAAGGCCUCAGCAGCGCCAGGCUGCACGACGGACGCGACGAAGCAAAUCAACGAACGCAUCGAUCACGUCGUCACCAUCAUCAGCGACAUAGGUGUUUUCAACGGACCGGACAUGAUCAGCAGCACGGUGGCCGCCAUCAAGACGGACAUCACCAAGCUAUAGACGAGACCGUACGCCGCUACAAAGA